AUGGAAAGGUGUUUGGUUUUGGUUGCCCUAAUGCUAUCCCUUUGCAUGGCAACUCAGCCUGUGGCAUCCAAUAGCUCUGCUGAUGAUAAGGCAGCUCUUUUGGCGUUGAAAGCAACAAUAACAUCCGAUCCUUUUGGCGUCUUGUCUAACUGGUCUCACCAAACUCCCUACUGUGAUUGGAUUGGUGUUACUUGCAAUGAUAAGCACCAAAGAGUGACCCAAUUGAAUCUCUUCGAUAUGGGCCUCAUCGGCACCAUUCCUAAGGAGAUUGCUCACCUCUCAUUCCUCUCAACUUUCAACAUCAGCGCUAAUAGUUUCCAUGGCCAUAUCCCAGACACCAUUGGAUUCUUGACCAAACUCCAGACUUUGGAUUUGUCCUACAACAGUCUCACCGGGAACAUUCCUGCAACUUUGUACAACGUUUCUUCCUUGCGUUUAGUAGACUUGGGAAACAAUCAUUUCUCAGGGACGCUUCCAGGCGCUUUUUGUGAUAACUUCAGUCUGUUACAAGCCUUGUCUCUUUCACGAAAUGGAUUGAGUGGUCAGAUUCCAUCAAGUCUGCAUAAAUGUAUGGAACUUAGAAUUUUGGACUUGUCAGAUAAUGAAUUUCAUGGAAGCAUACCACCUCAAAUUGGAAACUUCUCGAAGCUCCACUUCGCGAAUGAAAUCUCUGGGCUUCUUCCAAAUGAUCCGUGUUAUUCCCUUCCAAAAUUGGAGGUUCUGCGUGUUGCCAUAAACCAAAUUCAUGGAGAAAUCCCUCCAGGUCUACCCAGUUGCAGGAGACUUACAGUACUUUCCUUGUCUGCGAAUCACCUCUCUGGAAGAAUACCUAGCGGCAUCUACAACAUGUCAUCUCUUGAGGCGCUUCAUCUUGCAAAAAUGGAAUUAUUAGGAAACCUACCAAAUGAAAUUGGGAAGUUGGCAAUGCUUCAAGAUUUGAAACUUUUUGAUAACCGCUUGACAGGUAUGAUACCUCCUUCAAUUGGAAAUCUUUCAGCUUUGGAGAUGUUUAUUGUUGCAGACAACAAAUUGGAUGGUAAUAUUCCCCUAGAGUUUGGAAAGCUUUCAAGUCUUCAACAAUUGUCACUUCGAGGAAAUAAUUUUAGUGGCAAUAUACCAUCCUCAAUUUUCAACAAUAUCUCUGGAUUACAAUUUGUUGAGAUGUCAUUCAAUAAACUUUCUGGUAAUCUUCACCAAAGCCUAAGAAAUUGGAUGUCCCCAAGUCUCAUAGCAAUUUAUAUCCAAUUUAACCUAUUCACGGGAAGCAUUCCAAGCUCUAUAUCAAAUGCCUCCCAACUCGUCCGCCUUGAUCUUGGGCAGAACAUAUUUAGUGGCCAUGUACCUUUGGAGAUUGAAAAUUUACACCAACUUCAAUAUUUUGCCAUACAAAACAACCAAAUCACAAAUGAUCCAUCAGCCAAUGAUCUUAGCCUACUCACUUCAUUGUUGAAAUGCAAGGAUUUGCAUACAAUUGUUUUGUCUGGUAAUCCAUUCAACACAGUUCUUCCCAACUUGUUAGACGUAGGCAAUGCUACAUCUUUGCCACUGAAAAUCUUGUAUGGCAAUUAUUGUCAAUUUAAAGGCAGGAUUCCAAGUGGAAUCAGCAACUUUAGUAACUUGUAUGAUUUGGAUUUGGGUAAUAACAACUUGCUCCUAGGUUCUUUUCCUAAAACAUUGGGACGUAUGCAGAGGUUACAAGGUUUAAAGCUUGGUAAUAAUGGACUUGAGGGUUCAAUACCAAAAACUUUGUGUUAUUUGAAUGACUUAUCUGAAAUGGAUCUUGAAAUGAAUGAGUUCUCGGGGGAAAUUCCAAGCUGUUUAGGUAAUGUAUCUUCUUUGAGAAAAAUAUAUUUAGGUUACAAUUUAUUUACAUCUGCAAUACCACUUGGGUUCUGGAACAACAAGGAUGUCUUGGAGCUAGACUUGUCCUACAAUUCUCUUAGUGCUCCCCUGUCUCCUGAAAUUGGUAGUUUGCACAGCAUUGUGACAUUACAUUUGUCAGGCAACAAAUUUUCAGGAGAAAUUCCCGACGCCAUUGGCAACCUUCAGAAUUUGAUUACUCUUUCUCUAUCAUCAAAUAGGCUUCGUGGUCCUAUUCCUCAAUCAUUUGGUGGUCUGAUAAGCUUGCAACAGUUGGAUUUAUCUAACAACAGCCUCUCGGGUGGUAUUCCAAAGUCGAUGGAGAAGCUCAAAGAUCUCGUGUACUUGAAUAUGUCUUUCAAUGAACUUAGUGGUAAAAUUCCAGAUGAUGGACCGUUUGCCAAAUUUAGCAGGGAAUCAUUCAUGGGCAACAAGGAAUUAUGUGGGGCUUCUCGGUUCCAUGUCAUGGAAUGCAAAGAAGAUAAAGAAAAAUCGAGAAACACUUCCAUAUUUCACAAGUAUGUUUUGCCAUCUCUUGUAUCUGUCGUCGUUGUUGUUGUUGUUGUUGCCAUUCUACUAGUUUUGUUGGUUACAUUACGGAAGAGAAACACACAAAGGGGGCCUGAGGCUAAAACUUUAGUUGGUGUUACCCUCAAGAGGAUUUCAUACUAUGAAAUUCUUCGUGCUACAGACGACUUUGAUGAGAGCAACUUGAUUGGCAAGGGGAGUUUUGGCAAAGUGUAUAAGGGCAUUUUGGAUGCUGGGGAGGUUGUUGCUAUAAAAGUCUUCAAUUUGGAUGUGCAAGAUUCAAUCAGGAGCUUUGAUGCAGAGUGCGAGGUGCUAAGGAAUAUCCGACAUAGAAAUCUUGUCAAAGUAAUAAGCAGUUGUUCCAACCUUGACUUUAGAGCUUUGAUUUUGGAGUACAUGCCCAACUGGAGCUUGGACAAAUGGCUCUAUUCACAUAAUUACUUCCUAGAUUUCUUUCAAAGAUUUGGAAUAAUGUUGGACGUUGCGAAUGCUGUCGAGUAUUUGCAUCAAGGUCAUUCCUUUUCAGUGGUUCAUUGUGAUUUGAAGCCUAGCAACAUUCUUUUAGAUGAAAACAUGGUUGCACAUGUUGGUGACUUUGGUAUAGCUAAGUUGCUGGAUAAAAACAACCUCACUAAACAGACAAAGACCAUUGGCACAAUUGGAUACAUGGCUCCAGAGUAUGGUUCUGCAGGAAUUAUAUCGACCAUGGGAGAUGUAUACAGUUUUGGGAUUCUACUAAUGGAAGUUUUCACAAGAAAGAAGCCCACAGAUGAGAUGUUCCAAGGAGACUUCACGAUGAGGAAAUGGGUGUCUGAUUCAUUACCUGAUGCAAUAAUGCAUAUUGUUGAUUCCAAUUUACUAACAGAAGAACAAAGCUGCCAAGAAAUAGAGGAGUGCUUCUUGAUGAUGAUGGGAUUAGCUCUGGAAUGCACAGCUGAUUUUCCAGAGGAGAGAAUCAGCAUGGAAGAUGUGAUAGUAAGACUCAAGCAUACACAACAAAAGUUCAACCAAAAUGUCUCUAUAAGUUUAGUAAUAAACUAG